GUUAGGAAUUUGCAUCUGAUUGCUAUUUUGUCAUCCUAUGAUUUGUCUAUCCAGCUCUGUGCACGCCUUAGGCAUCGAGGGAGGAGGAGGAGGAGAAGGCCAUGCAAUCGCUUGUAAAGGGAAACUUACUAAUCCAAGCCAGAUAAGGGAGGCGGCAUUAAAAGCGACGCAAUUAAAAAAAGGAAGGAAGAAAAAGAAAGGGGGAGGGAGGACGCAACCGAGGAAGAAAAAGAAGAAAAAAAAAGGAGGAAAGAUCUGCCUGGAAGAUCAAGGGGAACGUCGCGCAUGGAAAGCUGAGUGGCCCAGCUGGGUCAGUGGCUGGGUUCCGGGGAAUAAAGGAAGGAGCGAGAAGGAAAAAUGAGGGUCCUCUUGCCUCCCUCUCUGCAAGGUUUUUCACUGACGCCUAGAUGAAGAAGAAGAGGUGGACAACUCACAGUUUGCAGAUUGUCCCUACGCCCUCCUUGGAUGGAAAGAAACGUGACAGAAAAGCAGGGUUAAGCUUCAGUUCAGGGUGGCGCAGACCAACGUGGUUGUUGCAUAGAACGUGGGACCUUGAACUUCAGGAUCACGGCUAGUCUUUAAAGCAUCAUGGUGUUUGAGUAGCCUUUUAAAAAAAUCUGUACAAAUUUCUUUCCUUUUGGCCAAGAACAAUUGACUUGCUGUCCUCCUACUGCUGUGGAAAGAGCCACCUUUUCGAAGUGGUUGAUGGUGCCACAGGCUUCUCCCUGACCCACAAGUUACAAGUGCAGUCUUGUAGCCCCUUUUUAAGGUGGUUGCCCUCCCCAGAACACCUGGGGCAGAGGGCAUCUCCCAGCAUUCCUCACGGCGCUGACCCCGACUGAUCGCUACUCUACAGCCCCUCCGCCUCCUGUGCAAAACGUAGGCUCCUCCCCUUUAGAGUGUUGCUCCGCUCCUCGGACUUCCUCUGCCAGGACACUGCCCCCUGCAGGCAGAGCCAUGAAGCUGCAGGCGGUCAUGGAGAACCUGCAGCGCCAACAGCGUGCCCGGCUGCAGCAGGAGAUGGAGGCGCGGCAGCAACAGGACCAGUCGCAGGCCAAUCCUCUGCCUCUCCCUGCACCGAAUCAGACCACCAUGUUGCCAGCCCCUGGCGUCACAGCGUUGGCCCGUGGCCGCAGCCAGGACCCUCCUCUUUCUGAGGAGGGGGGGGAGCCUGACAGUGCCCGGAUCCAGAGGGCACAGAUAGCGGCCCUGGCAGCCAUGCGGGCAGCUGCGGCUGGCCUCAGACAGUCGUCCAGCCCAGUUGGGUCGGAGGAGAGCCAUUCUUCCGAGGAAGAGGAAGAGCUUAUAGGGGAAGAGGAAGAGGAGGAGGAGGAAGAAGACGACGGUGAAUACCCCCGAGAAAUGGGCUCAGAAGAAGAGGACAUGAAGGGCAAGUGGGUUGAAGAUUUUGAAGAAGACCUGGGUGAGGAGGAAGAAGAAUAUGAGGAAGAAGAAGAAAUGGUGGAGGGAGGGCUUAGCUCCAGUGCAGUGGCUACAUCAAGCCCUAGCACCCCAUUUCUCCACAAACAGCAGACCCCCCAGCAAUACCGAGGAGAACCUUCCAGACUGGUAGGGGGACAAGAACGGGGCCCUUCUGGGGUUCCCCAGCAAAGCCUGUCACAGCUGCAGCCCCAAGUCCUGGACCAUGGAGAUUGGACUUAUGAAGAACAAUUCAAACAGUUAUAUGAACUUGAUGGAGAUCCAAAAAGGAAGGAAUUCCUGGAUGACCUCUUCAGUUUUAUGCAGAAACGAGGGACCCCUGUGAACCGAAUCCCUAUUAUGGCCAAGCAGGUGUUGGAUCUUUAUAUGCUCUACGUUCUGGUGACUGAGAAGGGAGGCUUGGUGGAAGUGAUCAACAAGAAGCUGUGGAGGGAGAUCACCAAGGGUCUGAACUUACCCACCUCCAUCACCAGCGCUGCCUUCACACUGCGCACUCAGUAAGUCACAGAAGGAUGUUCGGGAGGAGUCUUCCCCAGUCUGGCUUGGAAUUAUAAUUUAAACACAUUGGGAGGACCCCAAGUUGGGGAAAUCUGAAAGAUUAAAAGGUGCAGAAAAGGGUGGGUGAGGCUUUUAUGGAGCAAUAUUUGUACAGGGAAAGAGUAAGCAUUUGUUUUAGUGGAAAAAUGACUGAAAGAGUAAGGUCUGCAACAUGCAUGAAACUAUACAAGAAUGAAUGGAGAGAGUGGUGGGAGGAUCUCCCACUCCCUCCAGUAAGAAAAAGACUACUCCCUGUUACCCAGUGAAA